AUGAAUAUGUCGCCUCCUGACCGCAGGAAAAACAUUCGGGCUCUGGCUUUGGAGAUUGGCAUCCGAGUUCUCCUUUUCGGAGUUUUCGUAUUUACAGAGUUCCUGGAGCCCUUUGAGAGAGUAAUCCAACCAGAGGAGAUUUGGCUGUACAAGAAUCCUUUGGUGGAGUCAGACCACAUCCCCAAGAGGGUCAUGUUUGCAAUUUCCUUCCUUACCCCUUUGGCGGUGAUAUUUGUGGUGAAGAUCAUUAGGAGGACGGACAAGACCGAGAUCAAGGAGGCGUGUUUAGCUGUUUCCCUGGCUCUGGCCCUGAAUGGAGUCUUCACAAACACUAUCAAAUUGAUUGUCGGCAGGCCAAGGCCAGACUAUUUCCAGCGCUGCUUCCCAGAUGGACAGAUGAAUGCUAAAAUGCUGUGCACCGGAGAGCCAGAUCUAGUGUCCGAAGGACGCAAGAGCUUCCCAAGUAGCCACUCAUCCUUUGCAUUCUCUGGCCUUGGCUUCACCUCCUUCUACCUGGCGGGUAAGCUGCAGUGCUUCACGGAGCAGGGUCGGGGGCGUAGCUGGCGUCUGUGUGCCAUGUUGCUGCCCCUCUAUUGUGCCCUGAUGAUUGCGUUGUCCCGUACCUGUGACUACAAACACCACUGGCAAGACGCCUUUGUUGGAGGAGUGAUUGGGUUGGUCUUUGCCUACAUCUGCUACCGGCAACACUACCCACCAUUUUUGCACAUGGACUGCCACCUGCCUUAUGCCAGCCUGGCGGCUGCCACCCACAUCCCCUCUCAUGCCCAAGAUGACCCCCAGCCCACUGACAACGCCACCACCCUACCCCUGGAGGGGCUGACGGAGGGGCCCGUAUGA